GAUUUGGUACAUAUUUCCAGCACCAACAAACCACUCACCCGGAGGAACCCCCUAUACCUUUCAUGCCGAUUUUGACGUCCAGAAGAGCCAUCCAUUUUUGUUUUGCUUAAUUGGUCUUACAAAACCCAGUAAGAAGAAGAAAGAAAUAUGGCACAAGGUCAACUACUCACUUACGACAUUGUCAUCUUCGGAGCAUCUGGUUUCACAGGCAAGUACGUAGUCAGGGAAGCUCUUAAGUUUCUCGAUUCACCCAAUUCGCCUCUCAGAACCCUCGCUCUAGCCGGCCGGAACUCUUCUAAACUCUCAGAAACMCURAAAUGGGCAUCCMCRUCUCACCCCRCCAUMCCCCUYMUCRUUGCYGAYACMUCUGACCCACWYUCUCUYCGCCGCAUGGCUUCCCAARCKAARCUCGUYCUYAACUGCGUUGGMCCUUUUCGUYWUYACGGURAYCCCGUYGUYKCUGCYUGUGUUGAMGCCGGAUGCGAUUACUUGGAUAUUUGUGGUGAGCCGGAGUUUAUGGAGAGGAUGGAAGCCUUUUACCAUGAGAAGGCGGUGGAGAAGGGUAGUUUGGUGAUUUCCGCCUGUGGGUUUGAUUCAAUUCCGGCUGAAUUAGGGUUGAUGUUCAAUUCCAGGAAUUGGGUUUCGCCUGCGGUGCCGAAUCGGGUUGAGGCCUACUUGAGUCUUGAGUCGGAUAAAAGGAUAGUGGGAAAUUUUGGGACGUUCGAAUCGGCGGUUUUGGGUGUGGCUAACGCCGAUAAGCUAGCGGAGCUGCGGCUGUCCAGACCCAAAAGAUCUCGACCUCCGAUUCCUGGUCCUGCUCCUCCAAGAGGAUCAACUAUAGAACACCAGAAAAAGAUAGGACUUUGGGCAGUGAAACUCCCAUCGGCGGAUGCCAUUGUAGUCAGGAGAACUCUUUCGAUUCUUACAGACAACCCUAGUGGUCUUGAAGGCGUCUAUGAGGAUCCUAAACAGGCAGAGAAGCGAGCUGCCUUUUGGUCAACUGUAAAACCUGCUCAUUUCGGAGUAAAGAUCGGGACCAAGAAUCUUUUGGGUCUCCUCGGAUUCUUCCCAGCUGGGUUAUCAAUUGGGCUGCUGGGUAUGUUCUCUUUCGGAAGGUGGCUUCUGUUGACAUUCCCCUCAUUUUUCACUCUUGGGGGAUUCAGGAAGAAUGGUCCAACCGAGGAGGAAGUGGCAAGUGCCAGUUUUAAGAUGUGGUUUGUUGGCCAUGGCUUUAGUGAUUCCAAUCUUGUUUCUGAGGGAAAUGCAAAGCCUGAUACAGAAAUCAUUACCAGAAUAAUGGGGCCUGAGAUUGGGUAUUUGACCACUCCCAUCAUUCUGGUUCAGUGUGCUCUCAUCCUUUUGCAGCAGCGUGGAAAUCUUCCUAAAGGUGGCGUCUUUCCUCCUGGGAUCGUUUUUGGCCCAACUGAUCUUCAAGAUCGACUGCAGGAGAAUGGGAUUUCGUUUGAUUUGAUUUCAAAGAGUGAUAUUUCUACUUAAACGAAGCUAUUUCUCUCUCCAUCUUCAUUCGCUCAACGACCCUUGUCUCCUCAAUGAUGCUCGCCGACAUCACUCAGCAGGUACGUUCUUGAUCCCCUUUCUCUGCUCGUGGGUUAUGUGAUUUGUUUUCUUUGCUUUUGGAUUCUUCUCUUUCCAAGAUUUGUUUGUUGUGUAUUUGUUUAUUGAAAUAGCAUGUUAGCUGUAAUAAAUAGUAUUGGUUCAAAUGUAUAUUAGUGCUUGUUUCUGGA